GCAGGAUAAAUCUGCCCUCCCCGAAAAGCCACCCAGAGCGUCUAUAGGACGUGCGCCGGCGGGAGCGGGACGGAGGGUCUCCUGUGGAGCAGCGCUGGCCUCGGGGACUGCGGCGGCUGCGUGUGAGGAGCUAUCCCGUGCCAGCGCCGGACUCGCAGGGACAACCGUGACCCGGGGCAGGCUGCUGGCCCCGGCACAGCCAUGAGCCUGGAGCCCCCCCCAAAGCCAGAGAUCAAAUCAGCCACCAGGGUGACCGGGGGACCCGCCACCCCCCGGAAGGGACCACCCAAAUUCAAGCAGAGGCAGACGAGGCAGUUCAAAAGCAAGCCCCCCAAAAAGGGGGUGCAGGGGUUCGGCGACGACAUUCCAGGCAUGGAGGGGCUGGGAACAGACAUCACUGUCAUCUGUCCCUGGGAAGCCUUCAGCCACCUGGAGCUGCACGAGCUGGCUCAGUACGGCAUCAUCUAGGCAUCAUCGCGG